AUGAAGACACAUUUGUUGGUGGUACCGAGUAAAAAGACAGAGGAGAUCAACUGGAUCAAACCACUCAACAACUACUUGCUCUCCAUCUACGGCAACACCUCGGCCUACCAAAACGACAUCAAUGCCUUUGAUAAACUUCGACAGGACACCCGUGGCGUCAAUGCCGAUAACACGGGGCUUCGCCUCUACUACAAGUACUACAGCCAGCUCGAGAUCUUGGACUUGAAGAUCCAGUUUGCGGCAUUGAACAAGUCCAAGAAGUUGCAGUUUGUCUGGUACGAUGCAUUUGAGCCCGACGUGAUGCAUGAGCAGAAUGCCUUGCCGUUUGAAAAAGCCAAUGUCUUGUUCAACGUGGCGGCGUUGCUUACCAAGUUUGCCAGUUCUAAAUACAACGAGUCUCAGAGCUCGGGCAAGAGUGGCAGUGGGCUGGUUAAGGAGCUGAUUCUUAUGCUACAGCAAGCCUCGGGGGUAUACGAGUUUGUUAAUGAGAACUUUUUGCAUGCGCCAAGCAACGAUUUGGCUCAGUCUACAAUCAGGUUUUUGGGGAAAUUGCUGCUUGCUCAGGCGCAGGAGGUGUUUACGUUGAAUGUUGUCACGAAUGACUUGAACCAGCUGAAGAAUUCCUUGAUUGCCAAGUUGUGCAAGGCGACUAGUUUGUUGUUUGAGGAGUGUUUUGAUAUGAUUGGGCUGGGGGAGAGGCCGAGUGCGAUGUAUGAGAUUGAUUACGAGGGUGAUUUCUUGGAAGGGCCCGACGAUGGUGAAGGCGGAGGAGCUGAAGGUGGCGAGCCGCUGCGGUUUGUUGCUGCUCGAUUGGAUCCUAAUUGGGUUUCCGUUAUCCAGUUCAAGAUUCAGUAUUACAGGUCGUUGGCUUUUUACUUCCAUGCGUUGCAUUUGGAGUCGACUAAGAAAUACGGCGAGGCGAUUUCCUACUUGAACCAAUCAAAGGAGAUCUUGGAUAAUGCUCAGCCCAAUGUCAAGAGCUAUGAGUUGGUUGACAAUUACAAGUACCAGAAGGAUGUCGUUGGCAUCAAGCUCAAUGACCUCAACAAGGACAAUGACUUGAUUUACCACGACUUGGUCCGCGCCAAUGUCAACAUUGAGCUGCUCACUCCCAUGCAGGUGGCGAAAGCCAUCCCGUUGAACCAGAUUGCCAUGUUGAAAGAGGUCAACGAAACUGAUUUCGGUAAUUUUUUGAGCAAUGUUGUGCCGAUCAAUAUCCACGAGUUGUCAAGUUUUUAUUCGGAGGAGAAGUCGCAAUUGCUCAGGAAUGAGAUUGAUUUCUACGAGGUUUCCAACGAGGAAGCGGUGUCGUUUCUCGAGUCUUUGAAACUCCCCAAAGCAUUGUACGUGAUCAAGGAGAGCCUUGCGCAAUCGGAUGAUGAGCAAGUGCCUGUGGAAACGAGUGCCAAAGUGCUGGAGAUUUCGCGCAGUUUUGGAGAAGACCAACAGCUCGAGCGUGAAAAUGCCACAUUGAGGAAAAACAUUUACAACCUCAUUGCUCAGCUCAAUCAAUAUGAAAACCAAGACCAAGCUAUUCAGUUGAAAAAGGCGCUUUAUGAAGCAUCGAAUUCCGAUAGCAAGUUGGCAUCGUUUAUUGAUAAACAUCUAUACCAGACCUUGCUGAAGGGACCGACAUCAGAGCAAGUUCUAGCGCUAUUCAAAGCUCCAUCUUCUCAUGAGGUGAGCUUAUUGGAUAUGGAUGACUCGCAGGAGAAGCAAGUUGGAGUUAUUGAGACCUUUUUAAGUGAUCUCAACUCGAUCAGGUCCCACAAGAAGGAGUUGAUUGACAAUUUGAAAAAAAAAGUGCAUGCCGAUGAUAUUUCCGAUAUCUUGAUUUUCAACUCUCGGCAAAAGUCGAAUAACGAGAUCAAAUCGGUCAUUUUCCCCGCUGAGUUGCAAAAAUUCCAGCCUUUUAUUGAUAAAUUGGACAAUUUAAUCAGUAGGGAGAAAUUGGUCUUGUCUGAUUUGAAGAUUGAAUGGGGCAAAUUGCUUGCUGAUCCACAAGUGCGCAAAAUCCAAGCAAAUGUUAGCUCCAAGGGUGUCAUGCGACAAGAGCUGAUUGCGCGAAUAGACGAUUUUUACAAGAAUUGGAAACUGUAUCAUGCCGGGUUGAAAAAGGGUAAUCUGUGGUAUAAUAACAUCCAUCAGCAUUGUUUGAGUUUGGUCAACGGUGGAGCCGACCAGUUGAGUGGCUCAAUGGGGAGGAUGCAGAUUGGCUCAAACCCACAAGCACCAGCGAGGAAUUAUCCAAAUGCCCCGUCUGUGCCUCUGGGGUAUGGAGUAUCGCCACAGCAUUCAGGGCAGCAACAACAGCAACAACUACCACCACCACAACAACAACCGGGAUAUGGUUUCUCGCAGCCACCGUUUGUCUCUAGAGGCAGCUCGCAGGAUUAUUCAAGACCGGCGCCACAAUUACCACCGAAACACGCAGCAGCACCGAAUUUCAAUUUGCCUCAACCACCGAUCAAAUCCGAGGCAGCGCCGCCCAAUGCACAAAAUCCCGCUUGGCUGGGGAAGAAGAACGAGUCUGGGAGUGGCUUGAUUUAUGACCAGCCCUCGACUUAUGAUCCUAGGAUGUACGACUUUUUUUCGAAAUGA